GCUUAGGUUCCUCAUUUCUACAUGUUUACAGUGGUAGAAACACAGCUCUUGGCUUUUCUUCUUCUUAUGAUCUUUUUGCUUUUUUUUUCCUUGAAGAACUGCUGCAAGAGUUGAGACAGAAUUGUGUUCUACCAUGUAUACCUUCGGACGGGCAUUGAUCUGUGACCUCUCUUCAUUUUAGAGGGAGAAAAUGAAUGCAUCACUGGUUUCCUUUUCUCAACUAAAUAUGUGUGAAUCUAAAGAAAAAACGUUUUUCAAGUUAAUACAUGGUUCAGGAAAGGAAGAAACCAGCAAAGAAGCCAAAACAAGAGCUAAAGAAAGAAGAAAUCGGCUAAGUCUUCUCCUACAAAAACCUGACUUACAUGAAACAAUCCACUCAAGUAGAUUUGGGUUCUGGGCAAGAGAAACAAGAGUCUCUCCUGAAGAAGCAGUGAAAUGGAGUGAAUCAUUUGACAAACUGCUUUCCCAUCGAGUUACAUUAUUUUAUUUGGUAGAUGGACUGGAUGCUUUCACCCGAUUUCUUAAAACCGAAUUCAGUGAGGAAAACAUUGAAUUUUGGAUUGCCUGUGAAGAUUUCAAGAAAAGUGAGGAUCCCCAACAAAUUAUACUCAAAGCCAAAGCAAUAUAUGAGAAAUUCAUACAGAGCGAUGCUCCACAAGAGGUUAACCUUGAUUUUCACACUAAAGAAGUUAUUGCCAAGAGUAUCACCCAACCAGCCCUUCACUGUUUUAAUACUGCCCAAAGCAGAGUAUAUCAGCUCAUGGAGCAAGACAGUUAUACACGCUUUCUGAAAUCUGACAUCUAUUUAGACUUGGUAGAAGGAAGACCCCCGAGACCAACAAAUCUUAGGAGACGAUCACGUUCAUUUACCUACAAUGAAUUCCAAGAUGUAAAUUCAGAUGUUGCUAUUUGGUUAUAGGAAAAAGUAAUUUGCAUGAUAAAUCUGUUCAUCUGUUUCUAAGAUGCAACAGGUUAUGUUAAAAAAUAUUACAUAUUUUAAAGUAAAAUAUAUGAUAUGUAUAAAAAUAAAACAUUUAUGCUAAAAUACUACAUUCUCCAGUAUAAUCUGUAAUAAUUUCCAUUUGAUACAAUUAUCUUUAUGAUCAGAAGAAAAUUUAUUUUUAAUCAAGAGGAAAUAAAGUAGUAUUAUCAAUAUUUUAUGAGAUUACAAAGCUAAAUAUUAGCUUUUGCAAAAAUAUAAAUUAUUUUGGCCAAAUAUGUCGUAUUUUGUUGUUUCUAGAUGUAAAUAACGUAGCCCAAACAUAUCUAUAUAUUCAGAUGACAUCUUCUGUAACAAUUAGUACCUUUAUUUAUCUCAAUAAUAUAGAGUUGUGCCAUUUCUUACAAUGGGAAAAGAUGAACAUUUGUUCUUUGGUGACUAAUCCUGGCUCAGAAAUAAAAACAUAUGUAUCUUCCCAGAACUUUGAAGUCAACUGUAAGCUGGGUUAAGAAGUGUCAGAAAUCCACAGUUGGACUUACUCCUAAGUAACUGGGCUUUUCUCCUCACAUGGAGCAGUUCCAGGUCAAAGAAGCUUUGGAGUCAUGGAGAACAGAAGACCUUUCUUCUCACCACUAAUUAGGUCCUAUAUUUGUGCUUUAAGAGGUAGCAAAACAAUUGGAAAUAAGAAGAGAAAAAGCAUAGAAUUUCCUAGAUGUCAGGCCUCUGUUGGGCUUAUUUGUAUUCAGAUCAUGUACCCCAUUGAUUACAUUUCUAUCACAAAUUCUACUUCAUAUUUUAUUAUCAAAAUAAGAUUAUACUAGAAGGUAAACAUAUUUCUGUAUUUCAUAGAAAUAUAUAACAUAGUAUGUGUUAUACCAUCUGUAAAUAACUAUAUUUAAACAUCAUGUUUGGCUUUGGUAAAUGUUAUUGUAACUAAUCUGUGGAAUAUAAAUCUCUGUAUCAUUUAUAAAAAUAAACAUUAGAUAUUAUUCAGCUAGUAAAAAUAAUCUCCAUGACUAUUGAUUAAUUUU